AUGGCGAUACAGGAUCUCCUCUCGGGCCUCACCCUCGGCCCGGCGCAGCUCGCGGCUCUGCUGUCCAGCCUCUGGCUGCUGUACGCCGUCCAGCUUGGCGUCCGACGACUCUACUUCAGCCCCAUCUCCCACGUUCCCGGGCCGAGGCUGGCGGCUCUGACGCAGCUGUACGAAUUCUACUAUGACAUCGUCCUGGGAGGCCAGUACACGUUCAAGAUCAUCGAGCUGCACCGGCAAUACGGGCCCGUCGUGCGCAUCAGCCCGUGGGAGGUCCACGUGGGCGACCCAGAGUUCUUUUCGGAGCUCUAUACGGGGCCGAGCAGGCCGAGAGAGAAGUGGGCGUUUUAUACGCAGCAGUUUGGAUCCCCUGAGAGCGCAUUGGCGACGGUGAACCAUGACCACCACAAACUGAGACGCGCGGCGCUGAAUCCCUUCUUUUCGACGCAGACGGUUCGCAAACUGCAGCCUGUCAUCGAAGAACGGGUUGAUGCGCUGCUCGACCGUCUUUUGGAACUCAGCAAGAGGUCGGACGAACCCGUGGAUGUAAUGUACCCAUUCUCGGCCUUCACCAACGAUGUCAUCAACGAAUACAGCUUCGCCCGGAGUGAUCACCUGAUCGAGGACGAGACGUUUGGCAAGGUGGUUACUGACAACCUCCUCAUGGGCACACAUCUAGGGCCAAUGAUCAAGCACAUGAACUGGGCCCUGACGCUGAUCAACGCACUACCCGAGUCCUUCUCCGGACGUUUCAUUCCUGGCUGGGGCGGCUUCCUCAAGAUGAAGAACGACAUCAAGGACCAAAUCGCCGAGAUCAAAGCCACGCAGGAUACGGAAAAGUGGCAACUGGACGUCAGCCACCCGACAAUCUUCCACGACAUGCUGUCCUCGAAGCUCUUGCCUCCCCGGGAGAAGACGGUAUCCCGCCUUGCGCAGGAUGGUCAGAUUCUGGUGCAGGGCGGCACGCUCACGACGUCGUGGACGCUGUCCCUGGCCGUGUUCCACCUCCUCAACCGGCCGUCGACGCUGCGUCGGCUGCGCGACGAGCUCUUUUCCGCGAUCCCGGACCGUGACGCCGUGAUCCCGCUGGCGGAGCUCGAGAAUUUGCCGUACCUGCGUGGGGUCGUCAAGGAGUCUUUGCGUCUGGGAUUCGGCACGAGUUCGCGGCUGGCGAGGGUGUGUCCCGAGGAGACGCUGGUGUACCACGACAGAGGACAGGACGGCGAUACCGGCAAUGGCACGACGGUGCACCUCCCGCCGGGGACGGUGAUUGGCAUGAGCACGUACAAGACGCAGACGGACCCGCGGAUCUACUACGACCCGUUCGGGUUCCACCCGGAGCGGUGGGUCGAGGACGGCGAGCGGCUGGAAAAGUACCUGACCGUCUUCUGCGGCGGCACGCGCGUCUGUCUCGGGAUGGCGCUCGCGCAGGCGGAGCUGUACCUCAUGCUGGCGAAGCUCUUCCGGCGGUGGGGCGGGGCGGGCGUCGUCGUGGACGGCAGCAGCGGCGGGAAGGAAGAGGACGACGACCGGCGGGCGGGCGACGUGGGCGUCGUCAAGAUUUUCGAGACGACGGUGAGAGAUUGUGAGAUGGCGGCGGAUUACUUUAUUCCGAUUCCCUACAAGAAUUCCAAGGGGAUUCGUGUCGUGUUUGAAAGCAGUGACAACACCGACGGCGGUCAUAGUUAG